CAGAAGCAGUUCUGGAGUGAAUGGGUGGAGGGGCAAAGAGACAAUGAUGAGAACAUUUCUGAUCACGCUGUCCCUUUGUACUGUGCAAUGUCAGGAAGUGCUGAAACCGUUUGACUUGCUGUAUGAGGAGGGAAUCCAGGCGUAUUACAGAAAUGAUUGGGAAGGUGUUGUUCACUACAUGGAAGAGGCUACUCGCAGCUAUACACAAUACAGGAGUAUUAAAGUACAGUGCCGGCUGCAGUGUGAGAAGCAGCACAUACUCCAGGAAGCAGCCGAACCCAAUCUCGUGUCCUUUGCAGUUAUCUUAAGAAGAGCUCAUUGUAUCCAGGAGUGUGAGUCACGGCGAAUGGGUCCAGCUUCUAUGUAUAGGGUCAGUGAGGAGGUUGCACAUGAGUUCCAGAAACGUAUCGUCUAUAACUACUUACAGUUGGCCUAUUAUAAGCUCAAUGAAUUGGAUAAAGCAGCUGCAGCAGCUCACACAUUUUUCCAGGCGAAUCCUGAGCACAUGGAAAUGCGACAGAGUCUGGAACAAUACAAGCUAAUGGAGGGAGUGAAGGAAUCUCACUUCAUCGAUCGGGAUUUGAGGCCAUACAUGGCAGCCUUCAGUACUGGUUUGAAACAUUACGAUGAAGAACAAUAUGCCUUAGCUAUUGAUUCAUUUGAAGAGGCACUGACUCAGUACUGGGUUGCUGAGACUGAGUGUCGUGCACUUUGCCAAGGACCACAAAAGUUUGAUGGUAACAAUUACCCAACAAAGAGUUCUCAUCUUUAUGCGCUUAUCGCAGAUCAUUAUGUUCAGGUCCUCCAGUGUGAACAUGACUGCGUGAGAGAGUUGGCAACACGAGCGGGCCGCCUUUCUCCCAUCGAGAACUACCUACCCAUGCACUAUGACUUCCUACAGUAUUCUUACCACAAGGUUGGAAAUUAUGAGAAGGCUUUGGAAGCCACAAAAUCCUACUUGCUGAUUCGACCGACAGAUGAAGAUAUGCUGGAGAACCUGGAAUAUUACCAGAGUGUGCUGCAGGGUCAGGUGGAUAUGGAUCAGAUCACUCCCCGCCAAGAUCUGGUUUGGUUCAUGGAUCGCUAUCAAUUGGAGAAGGAGCUUCUUCAGUCAGUCGGCAGUGAGCUGGGAAUCAUCUACAUGGAUCCAAUUAACUGGACUGUCUCUGGAGUGAAACACGAAAAUCAGGAUCAUCCUGAGAGGUGGAUGCCAGAGAAGGAGGGAAGUUUGAAGGAGCCAGAAAUGCCAAUGAGCCACAAGAGAAAGAUGGAGAGAAAGGUUCCGCAACAAAGACAAGAAGGUGGACCCUUGCUCUAUGACCGGGUAAAACUUGUCUAUGACUCGCAGCAAAUGAACGGGAGCCAACGAGUGCUCCUUGACGAUGUGAUCACUGCACAGGAAUGCCGCGAGCUGUUCCACUUGGCCAGUUCCAUUGCACUGGCGGGAGAUGGUUACAGAGGCAAGACAUCACCACACACACCUAAUGAGCGCUUUGAAGGAGCAACUGUCUAUAAGGCCCUUGUGUAUGGCUAUGAAGGUCGGAUCCCAUUGCACAGAGCCAGGUUAUUCUACGACGUUAGUGAAAAGGCUAGGAAGAUUAUUCAAUCCUAUUUCUUGUUGAACUCCACACUUUACUUCUCAUACACUCACCUGGUCUGCAGAACAGCUAUCGAAGGCCAACAAGACAAUCGUAAUGAUUUGAGCCACCCAGUCCAUGCUGAUAACUGCCUUCUUGACCCAGAUGCCAAUGAAUGCUGGAAGGAACCACCAGCUUACACUUACAGGGACUACAGUGCUAUCCUGUACCUAAAUGGGGAUUUUGAAGGAGGCGAAUUUAUCUUUACCGAAAUUGAUGCUAAGACCAUCACGGCGGCCGUGAAACCACAGUGUGGUCGAAUGGUUGGAUUUUCAUCUGGAGAAGAGAAUCCGCAUGGAGUGAAAGCUGUCACCAAGGGCCAGAGGUGCGCUGUGGCUUUGUGGUUCACAUUGGAUCCGCUCUUCAGAGAGUUGGAAAGAAUCCAAGCUGAUGAAGUGGUGGAGUUAAUAUCACUGGCUGAGAGACUGGAUGACAAGCUCAUUGUAAAUCCAAGGGAUGAAUUGUGAAAAAUUCUUCAUUCACAUAUUUAUUUUAUCUUCCCAGCGAUGUUAAUAGAAUGUUCUAAUUUUCUGUACAAACUGUAAAAUUAAGUUGUCCAGAGAUACUUUCCUAGUGUUGAUUUUUACAAUUUGAACUUUAUUGUAAGCUGAUAGUUACCUUAUGCUAGAGACUGAGUUCUGGGUUUUUCACUAAUAUUUGAACUGGAUUUUGCUAUCAGCUGUGAGAUGUAUGUUUUAACACACAGUAACCCUCAGGGAAAAGAACAAGACACUUUGUUCAAACAGCUGUGACUGAGGUUGUACCUCACAACCUCGGGACUGGCAGUGAGUCUGUGUACUUCCUGCUGCUCUGGGACUGUUGCAGGUGGGGGCACAGGGGGUGAUAGAUAGGUAUCCUUCAGCCCAUUCUGAUAUUACCACCUGUUGGUGUAAAGGUGAUGUUACUAGAGUGUGUUCCCCUCUGAGAAUCUACAUACGAAAUGCUGGUCGUGGUAUACUGCACUAUGAGUCUGUGAGAUUGUUGUCUCCUUUAGUGACGGAGACCUGUUGUCCUGAACUACUUUUGGAGCUGUAGUUGGGCUGCAGAUCCAGGCCAGUGUGGCACCACAUUGUCUGCCCUCUAACAUGGCAGACUACAGGCUCUGUGAAAACCCACCACUGUGUGUGAGAGAUGGACUCCUCAGUGACUGGUAGGAGAUGUUAACUUAACAGGAUUGAGUAACCACUGAAAGCUGCAAAGAGAUGUUGACCCUACUAGCACAAACCUCUGGGUUUCUCAGCAGCCCCUAGUAGCUGCUAUCUCAAGAUUCAGCUGCCAGUCAUUGUGGAGAGGGAAGGAAGAGGUCAGAAAGAUAACCCCUCCAUCCCGUGGUGGGGCUACAUGCCGCACCUCUCCGUCUCAGUCCAGCUGACGGCAGAAACCUGUAGUGAUGGUUGAAAACUAUGACAUGAAUUUUCUUUGAAGGGACGAGGAGAUUAAAUCUGCCUCUGAGGCGCACAGCCAUGAGUCGCUUUAUACUAUCCGCCUUAGCAAUGGAAGAUCAGAGACAAAAGAAAAGCUCUGACUACUGAUGGGUUAGCGGUGACCAAUCAGUUUAAUAGUCAGCCACGCCUCCCAAUAUUCAUAUAUUGCCACUGUCAAGGGUGGCUGCCAGUGUUAGGGAGGCAAGUGAAAUGUCAUUAGCAUCUUGUGCCGUCUCCACCCCCAAAGAUGGUGAGUCAUUGCAUCAAUUUGAUCAUCUUAUCCCAUCGGAACAGGGAUGGAUGUGGACAGCUGGGUGCUUUCACUUUUUCCCCCCCCAUUAGUAAUAGUUAGAACAUUACAGCACAGUACAGGCCCUUCGGCCCUCGUUGUGUUAUCGCGAGAGCUGCAUUGCCAUCGGGAUGUAAACCCUGCUGAGCACAGCUGGUCGAUCCCAUGCAAGUCAAAUGGACAACAUGCAUUUGGAUCUAAUGUCUAGGAAACCUUGGCUCCACAAUUUGUCCAGAAGCUGUCUCCACUGUGAUAUGAAGGUCCCACAAAAAGCAGGGUUGGCCAUUUUGAAUUCCUUCCUGUUGGGUCUGAACUCCAACUUAUCAACUGCACCAUGUUUAUCACUCACACUGAGAGCCAAUGGUUGGGUUAUUGUGGGAAAUGGAUUAAAAAAUUCACUCAAAAGCAAUGCAUCUUUUGAGAUAGUUUGGCACGGGGGAGCUUAACACUGUAACAAAUCCUCUGCUUGACCUGUGCUGGGAGUGUUUAAUAGGGAAACCAUAGAGGGAACUUUACUUUGUACCUAACUCUGUGCUGUACCUAUCUGGGUGUAAUUGAUGGGGGUUUGUACAGAGGAAGCUUUACUUUGUAUGUAACUCCAUGCAUUACCAAUCCUGGGAGUGUUUACUCGGCACAGUGUAGAGGAAGCUCUAUAUUCUGUACCUAACCCCACAUUUUAUCUGUCCUGGGAGUUUUUGGGGUCCCUGUGCACCUGAAAUCAAAAGCUUUCUACUGCUCAACACUAAUGGGCCAUGCCUCAGAAAUGGAAAUUUCGCUAUUUAAAAGGUGUCGUAUAAAAAUUGUGGUCUGACUUCCUGAGGCUGAUUGUGUUCGCUUUUUAAUGGGAAGUAACACAUGAUGCUGUAGGUUGCAGAGAGACAUAGAUAAGCUGCAGAGCUGGGCUGAGAGGUGGCAAAUGGAGUUUAAUGCAGACAAGUGUGAGGUGAUGCACUUUGGUAGGAGUAACCGGAAGGCAAAGUACUGGGCUAAUGGUAAGAUUCUUAGUAGUGAAGAUGAGCAGAGAGAUCUUGGUGUCCACGUACACAGAUCCUUGAAAGUUGCCACCCAGGUUGACAGGACUGUUAAGGCAUUCAGUGUUUUAACUUUUAUUAAUAGAGGGAUCGAGUUCCGGAACCAAGAGGUUAUGCUGCAGCUGUACAAAACUCUGGUGUGGCUGCACUUGGAGUAUUGUGUAUAGUUCUGGUCACUGCAUUAUAAGAAGGAUGUGGAAGCUUUGGAAACGGUGCAGAGGAGAUUUACUAGGAUGUUGCCUGGUAUGGAGGGAAGGUCUUACGAGGAAAGGCUGAGGGACUUGAGGCUGUUUUCAUUAGAGAGAAGAAGGUUGAGAAGUGACUUAAUUGAAACAUAUAAAAUAAUCAGAGGGUUAGAUAGGGUGGAUAGGGAGAGCCUGUUUCCUAGGAUGGUGACAGCGAACACGAGGGGACAUAGCUUUAAAUUGAGGGGUGAAAGAUAAUAGGACAGAUGUCAGAGGUAGUUUCCUUACUCUGAGAGUAGUCAGGGAAUGGAACACUGCCUGCAACGGGAGUAGAUUCGCCAACUUUAGGUACAUUUAAGUUGUCAUUGGAUAAGCAUAUGGACGUACAUGGAAUAGUGUAGGUUAGACGGGCUUCAGUUCGGUAUGACAGGUCGGCACAACAUUGAGGGCCGAAGGGCCUGUACUGUGCUGUAAUGUUCUAUGCUCUAUAUUGCGUUAAAGAAAAUAUUAUUUAAGAAAGAAUGGAAGGACGCUCAAAUGGAGCAUGAACACCAGUGGGGACUGAUUGGGCCAAAUGGCUUAGUUGGUGCCCUGCGUCCUCUGUAACUAACCCUUGAUCUGUGACCUCCCCCCCACCUUGCUGUCUGUCUGAAUUGCUCUACCUCUUCCCCUCUCUGUACCAAUCUUCUCUUGCUGCUUGCCCCAUUCAGUUUGAAUGUCUACUUUGUUCUUAUUCAUUUUGAUUUUAUUCUAAGGUGCGUCAGCAGCUGGGAGGGUCCUGAGGUACGUUUGUUGUGUUAUUAUGCUUUGAUGCAACUUUUACUAAAUUCCAGUCUUUUCAACAUCACGAAAAAGAUGAGAAAAUGUGAUCCUGCAAAUAAAAUAUUGAAACCUAG